UCACUUUUUAAAUAAAUUAAAUUGUCAGUUAUUUUAAUAACAGCUGGCAUCUAAAAAAAUAACAAAAAUAGAGGACCACAGUUAAACCGACUCAAUUUUUGUUGUGAAACAAUCGGCAGAGUAAACACGUAUGUUAGAUUGUUGAGACGCCUGAUCUCAACACCUACUUUCCCUUCUUAAGAGACAUGUAAACACAUCAUUCACCACUGUGGCCCUACUUGUCAAUCGCCACAUUACUUGUUUUAUAUAUUCAAAACGUCUACGUAACAAAUACUUGCGAGAUAAAACGACUGUCCUGCCAUCUUGUAAUUUUUAUUAUUAUAAUAUUUUUUAAACCGUAAAAAUUUUAAUAAUUAAAUGUUUUUAUUUUAUUUUUUAUGAAAUUAUAGCUACGAAUUUUCAUAGUUGUAAUUUUUAUAAAAAAACUUUAAAUUAUAUUAUAAUCGUUUAAUAAAAUAUUUUCUUGACACUAGUAAACAACCGCUACUAUUUUUUCUCAUAAUAGACGUAGCAUUGGUAACAUUGGUUGGUUAGUUGUCAUAAUAUUUUUUUUUUGUACCUUGCUGUCAUAUGUGUAACUGUGUACCUAGAUAUUUAUUUAAAUUAUAAAUUAUGGUGUGCGGCAUGUGAGAUAUAGUUUUGUAAUAUUUAGAUACAUAAUAUAAAAUUUAAAAAAUAGUUAUAGCAGGUGUAGGUGGCAGUGGGUAAUUGGUUGGGUUGGUUGGUCUAAAUCGUCUAAACUGGUCUAAACUAAGUAGGCAAGUAAUACAGCUGGUGAAUAUAACAAUAUAUACCAUAUAUUCCAACAGUUUAUAUAAACUGGUCUGUGGUCUACAUCUACACCAUCAAUUAACAAUUAACUUCAUAUGAGGAGGUGUAAAAAAAUAAAUUAUAAAUCAUGUUCUUCCCAAUUGGUUGGCCAAGGGUUUUAAAUCCAUCAGAGCCUGAUGAAAUAAAUGCAAUUGUAUGUAAUAGAGAUAAAAUAUUAUUUGCUAUUUUAACAAGGGAUACACUGUCAAUUUGGUAUUGCAAACCUUGCGUUCCAAUUGUUUUUAAUAGACGUACCAAAGAUUCAAUUGAAAAAUAUGGUGAAAAUUUAUUGGUACAGUGGAAACCCGAUUCCAGUAUGUUAACAAUUGCAACUUGUGAUAGUUAUUUAUUGUUUUAUCGAUUAUCUGACAGUGGAGGUGAUAAUCAUGGUCUUUAUGAACAAAAGGAUUCACCAGUAUCAAGUUUACGUCGUGAUAGUGCUGAACUUUUUAUAAAAGAAGUUAUUCCAUCUUUUGUAUUGACAUUUGUUAUACCAGUAUGGAUUGACGGUGGAAUAAGUUCAUUAGUAUGUAUAAGAGAUGAACUUAUGGUUGCAACUAAAACAAGUAUUAUUAUAAGACAACGAUGGGAAGGUUCUACUAAUCGUGAUUACUCAUUAGAUCUUAAAAGAAUUCCAUUUAGUGUCGAUCAACAAAUAUCAACAGUUGCUGUGCCAAUAACUGAUAAUAAUAUUUAUGUAACUGAUAUUGAAUAUUCUCCAUUAGUUGGAGGUUUUGCAAUUGUUCUCAGUAAUGGUAAAGCGGCAUUUUUAACUGCUCAGUCAUUAAAAUUUGAUCCAAAUCAAGUACAAGGUAUAUGGGCUAAAGAUUUAGAUGAUGCAACGUGUGCUGCUGUUAAUCAUAAAUAUCGAUUGAUUGCAUUUGGAUGUAAAAAUUCACAUGGAGUUGUUUAUUAUGUUGAUGAGACAACUGGUAGUCUUGAAGUAUCUCAUACACUUUGUUUAUCCUCAAAAGAUUAUCCAGGUAAACCUGGUAGUGUAACAUGUCUCAGAUGGACACCUGAUAGCUGUGCUAUUGCUUUAGCUUGGGAUACCGGAGGUUUAGCUAUUUGGAGUACAUUUGGAGCACUUUUACUCUGUACAUUAAAAUGGGAUUAUGGUUUACAUGUUGAUCUUACUCGUGAUAAUCCUCUUUGUAUUCAUACGAUGGAAUGGUCAGCUGAAGGUUAUCAAUUAUGGAUGCUCAGAGAAUAUCCAAAUUGUUUGUCAAUAAAACAAGAAAAUAAUGUAAAUCAACUCUCAGAUAAUCAAAAAUGUUCAUUAAUUCAAUUAGAUUUUGUAAAAAGUCCCCUGACAGUGAAUCCAUGCAUGGGACAUCAUGGGCAUUUAUAUCUCCAAGGUGAAGAUCGUUUAUAUCUCAAUUUAGGUGGUGUAGCAACAAAUACACCAAGUUUUCAUUUAGGAAAUGAUAUUUCAAAUGAUACAACUUGUCAAACAUUAGCCGGAUCGAAACAGUGGUUAGUAGUUCCAAUACCAAGUGUAUAUAGUGGUUCAAAUUGGCCAAUUCGAUAUACAGCAAUAGACAAUGAAGGACAAAAUAUUGCUGUUGCUGGUCGAACAGGAUUAGCACAUUAUUCUUUAUCAUCACGUAAAUGGAAACUUUUUGGUAAUGAAAAUCAAGAAAAAGAUUUUAUAGUUACGGGUGGUAUUUUAUGGCAUCGAGGAUUUAUGAUUGCCAGUAGUUAUUCUAUUAUUGAAGAUAAAGAUGAAAUAAGAAUUUAUCCACGAGACACAAGAUUGGAUAAUAAUUAUGUUAAAAGUAUCAGAAUGCCGUCACAAGUAUUACUCGUUAAUACAAUGAAAGAUAAACUUGUUACAUUUUGUGCAAAUGCUCAAGUCAGUAUAUUUGAUAUGACACUUGAAGGUAUUGAAGGUAUAGGAAGUAUUGAAUUAACAAGAACCCAAAUUGUUGAUAUUAGUGGACUAUGUGUACAUCCAGCUUGUGUUGUUAGUGCAACAUUAACUACAAUACGAGCAGAAACAGCUGGUAGUCAUCCACAUCCUGAAAGUUUAAUUUUAAAUGUGUCUGGAAAACUUUUAAUGGUACAACGUGAAUAUUGUACCGAUGAUAAUACUCAAGUUUUAUUUACAUGUGGAUCUCCAAAUGUUUUGGCUUCUUGUGUUGAAAAUUUUUGGGUACCUUGGCAAUCAAUAAGAGAUAAACCACAUCUUACAGAAGCAUUGUGGUUAUUUUGUGGUGCCCAUGGAAUGAGAGUUUGGUUACCAUUAUUUCCUCGUAAUCAUCAGGACAAUGCUCAUACAUUUAUGAGUAAAAGAAUAAUGUUGCCAUUUGAUUUAAAAAUUUAUCCACUGGCAAUACUUUUUGAAGAUGCUAUUAUUCUUGGUGCUGAAAAUGAUACUGUUUUAUAUACAUCAGACAGCAAUUCACCAUUUUCAUUACCUUUUAGUUUACUUGAAUUAACAAGUCAAGUUUAUCUUCAUAAAAUACUUCGACAGCUUAUUCAUCGUAAUCUUGGUUAUCAUGCAUGGGAAAUAGCUAGAUCAUGUGUAUCAUUACCAUAUUUUUCACAUUCAUUAGAAUUAUUACUUCAUGAGGUACUUGAAGAAGAAGCAACAAGUAAAGAACCAUUACCAGAUGCUCAAUUACCAAGUGUUGUUGAAUUUAUACGUGAAUUUCCUGGUGUAUGGGCAAGAGCAGUUGUACAAUGUGCACGUAAAACAGAAAUAGCACUGUGGCCUUAUUUAUUUUCAGUUGCUGGUUCACCUAAAAAAUUAUUACAAGAUUGUUUACAACGACAACAAUUAGAUACUGCUGCUAGUUAUUUAAUUAUUCUUCAAAAUUUAGAACCAUCAUCAGUAAGUAGACAACAUGCAACAUUAUUACUUGAUGCGGCAUUAGAACAAGGAAGAUGGGAAUUAUCGCGUGACUUGGUACGUUUUCUUCGUGCAAUUGAUCCAAAUGAUGUUGAAUCACCUCGAACUUCAUGGGGCGGUACUGCCAGUAAAUUAUCAUCAGGUCCACCUCCGACCCCAUCAGUAUCACCACAUGAAGAAGAUCUUUCAUUAGUUCUUGGAACAAUGCAAGUAUCUCGUAGUCGUAGUUACAGUACAACAGUUAAUCCUAAAUUACAAUAUAAUAACGAUAUAAUAAAUAAAGAUCAUCCACCACCACCACCUCCACCUUCAUCAAUGCUGGAAAAAACACGUAAUGCAGUAUUACGACGUAAAAAAUCUGUACCAAAUAUUAAAACUGAAAAAAAUAUUAAUAAUCUUAUUAAUAAUAAUAAUAAUAAUAAUAAUAAUAAUAAUAAUAACAAUAAAGAAUCAUCUGCUGAAGAAUUUUUUAUUGAUGUUAUAUUACAGAGACACGCAAGACGGUUACUUUCAGCACGUAGACUUGCUGAUUUAGGACAUUUUGCUGCACGUUUAGAUUUUCAUUUAGUUACUUGGUUAGCCAGAGAACGUGAAAGAGCUGCUAAAAUUGAUGAUUUUGUUGUUGCUCUUAAAGCUGUUCAUGAAGAUUUUUCUUUUCCUUAUCCUACUUUAUCAUUAUCAAAUAUUGAAAAACUACGAAGACCUAGUCAAACUAUGUUUACUAGAUCACGAUCCAUUGAAUAUACUGAAAAUGAUACACAAACAACUACAACAUUUACAAAUAAUAUAAAUACCAAUAAUAAUAAUAUAAUACCAGCAGCAGCAACAACAACAACAGAUUUACCUGCAGAUAGUGGUUAUACUAGUUUACCAAGUGUUAGGCCACUUUAUGGAGGUUUAAUGUCGUCAGUAUCAGCAACAACACUUGAAACACAGUUUCCUAUUGUUGAAACAAAAUUAACACCUAGAAUACAUCAUGAUACUACAAGUGUACUAAGUGAUACCAGUACUAUAUGGCGUGAUGAUGUUGAUUCAAUUGUUGGAACUUGUUGGGUUUCUAAUGAUACAAUCGAACCAACAGAAAUAAUUAAUUCGACGUCACUAUGUGGUCCUACAAGUCGAGCUCAAAUUCAAGUUAGAUAUCUUCUUCAAUUAUUUUUGGAAGCCGGUUGUGUUGGAUGGGCAGCUGUAUUAACAACUAUGCUAAAAGAUGCUUCAGCAAUGGCAAGAACUAUACGAGCAGCUCAUGCUCCUAUGCAAACAUUAGAUUCAAUAAUAAAUCUUCGCGAUGGAAUUCUUACUCUAACAAAAUGGUCACAAUCUGAAUGUCUUGGAUACAGAGCAUUUGUAUCUGGAAUUCAAAGCCAAACCUCAUUGCUCAAUCGAUUAAUUGUUGUAAAACAGCAACAGCAGCAGCAGCAGCAACAACAACAACAACAACAACUGCAACAACAAUUAAUUCAACAGCAAGAACAACAUGUACGACAUCAGACAGAACAAGAUAUUGUUGAGAGUCGAUCAUCGAGUCCUACCCUUUCAUUUGGAAGCAAUCAACGUGCUAAUAUUUCACGUUCAAGACAUUCGUCAGUAAGUCAUGUUUCUACAGCUACUGUUGCUUUUACUAUUGAUGCAACAGCAGCAGCAACAACAACAACAACAACCGCAACAAUAACUACAACAACAUCACCAACAAUAACUGUGGCAGAAGAAAAAAAAUUUUUAGAUAAUAAAGUGUUUUCGGGUACAAGCAAAGAGACAACAAAUCGUGUUGGUAGUAACUAUGGAAAUAUUGAUAAUGAUUCUCAGCAACAGGCAACUUGUGUAAUCUCUUAAAAUAAUUAUUAUUAUCAAACAGGG